GUGUUUAUAGCUCAAUAGGUCAUCUCCGAUGCUCUGCUCGUCGUCUGCAUGCGUGCUUUCGUUGUUUGUCUUGUUGUGCUCGGCCUCGGCGCCUGCGUGGUCGCCGAGGGACAUGCUGUAGACACGCUAUCCUUGAUCUCGAGGCAGCAGAUCACCCUCGAGCUCGAUGACCUCGAUAAAGGCGCAUUCAUAUAUGAUCAUCUCGAGGCUCACUCUCAAAUACAUUCAACCGACAUCAAGACUCGGCGACAAACCGUCUAUCGGCCCCGCUCUCCAGCAGCGUACCAAUCUGCCCGCUGGCGAUCGCUAAGAUACGGCGAAAGUGAAGCGAUAGAAUGGGAUCGUAUAGAGCUGAGAGCGCCGGAUGUUCGAGACCGUCAUACCCUUGUUCAGCUCGGCCGUAUGGCUGGCGACGCCUACGCAUUCCCCGGAAACAAGAACUGGUACGAUAUCGACGAGAUCUGGAAUACGACGUUCCCGGUGGGCUGGGAAGACCCCGCAGACGGCUUCCGCGCCCAUGUGUUUGCAACGCCAUCGAACUCCACAGUCGUGCUAUCUAUCAAAGGGACCACGAUUAACGGCCCUACGUCGAAGAAGGACAAGUUCAACGAUAAUCUACUCUUCUCGUGCUGCUGCGCUCGCGUGGAUAUCAGCUGGGUGUUCAGGCAGGUAUGCGGAUGCCAUAGCAAGGGAUGGAAGUGUGACAGUGGGUGCUUGACCGAGGCGCUGGUCGAGGAAAGCCUCUUCUACUCCGUCGGGGUGACCCUGAUCCACAAUCUCACUUCCAUGUACCCUAAUUCAGACAUUUGGCUUGUCGGUCACUCCCUCGGAGGCUCCCUGGCGGCGCUUCUCGGGACUACGUUCGGUUUUCCCGCCGUGGCGUUCGAAGCUCCGGGAGAACGUCUGGCCGCUACACGCCUGCAUCUUCCCCUUCCACCGUCCUCGGACCCUUCCGUAGCCCCGCAGUCGCUCGCCCCCGUGACACAUGUCUAUCAUAACGCAGACCCCAUUCCACAAGGUACAUGCUCUGGUCCGUUUUCCCCUUGCGCUGAGGCGGGUUACGCGCUCGAAUCCCGUUGUCAUCUCGGCAAGUCCAUUAUAUAUGACACGGUCAGCGAAUUGGGCUGGAAGGUGGAUGUGAGAACGCAUCCUAUCCGAAGAGUGAUCAAAGAAGUCCUUGAGCUGGAUCGGAUGUGGGAGGAGGACGGACACGAAGUCCCGAGGGAGAGAGCGGAGGGUGAAUGCAUUGAUUGUUACAAAUGGGAAUUUGGUGAUUUCAAAGACAGAGACUAAGAUGGAUGUGUAAUGGUCACGAAUGCGCGAGCAGCAUUGCAUUUACAAGGAAAUGGACCCUCUAAGUACAAGGACUAACAUCCGGAUGUAAUGUAAAUGUAGAAGCAAUUGGCCCGUGUACAUGCAUGUCUGCGGUGAGGCUCC